GGCGCGCGGGUUAUUUGCAAUUUGUCAACAACGCUAUUGUUGCAAAUGCUAAACUACGCUAACCCAAACAUCACUUUGGACGUAAAUGCUUUUAGUAUAUCCGUUCUGUGCUAACCAAAACUAAGCGUAUCAAAUGCCGCACACAGAGGGCUCAUCCAUUAUUUGGUAUUACUGAAAAUCCAAAAAGAAAAGACGCUAGCAAGUUUGGUUAGCGUUAGCGGUUAGCCUGGGUUCGACCCUAAGUUACCAAAAUACUACAAGAAAAGCAGCCUUAAAUGGAUGGGAACUACCCGGCCCUGAAAAGGCCCAAAAAGAAGCUCAUCUACCCUACAACAAAAACGUGUCUCCCUAACCAAUGGACACAAGAUAUAGUUUCUUUGGAAGACGUUGAUAAGAUGUUUGAUGGCUUGGAUUCCAAUGGGGGGGACUUCCCUUCGCCAUCUCUGGAAAUUCACAUUCCCAAACACAUAGAUAUAACUGUGACACCUCUCCCCGAAGAGCUGUUUGAAUGUCCAAUAGUUGCUAAUGGAGAGAAUAAAAGCCUCACUCCAGUCAGCCCUGAACUUGACAUUGAUUCAGAGACUCCAUUUAAAGCCCAUGGGCCAGUGAAGACAUCCAGUCCAAUAGAAGGAAAUGCAAUACAGCAUAAAAACAAGCAACAAAGGAAAGUGGACAACUCCGCUUCACCAAUUCUCUUUGACUGUGCAGAAGAAAAUCAGGAGACUGUUGAAAAGCUCUCUGAGAAACCACAGCACUGUAACCGCAGGAAAAAUGAAAGUGAUGAUUCUAUUUUUGAAACCCUUCCAAAAAAAUCUGCCUUUGAUGAUAUGUCAGCACAGAAAACCAAAACGGCCCCAGUGAGGCUGACACCUUCAAGUCCCCUUGUAUCUCCAGUGGGACUCGAGGCUACACCAGCAUCCCCAGAAAAACAAACUGAACAUGUACAGGUGCACACCAGGGUCAAACAUGACAUGACCUCUUUUCUCCAGAAGCUCAGAGAUGCUGGGCAACCCAAACCUGCACGUGCUGGUUUGUUACAAGCCAAAGUCAUGCCUCCAGUACCAGAGCCAGAACCUGAAGAUGACUUUCUUAUUUUAGAGGAUGAUGCUCCUUUGUAUGUUUCCAUCCCAAGUAAAUCCGCCAAAAGCUUGAAAGAAAAACACAUUAAAACAUCGAGUUCUGACAAAGAAACUAAGGACACUGUAGGAGAAGAACAUACAACAGGUAAACUGCAGGGCGUUGAACAGGAUCAGAAUAAACAGGGAAGUCAGGCUUUGACUAAAAAAACUAAGAAAAAAACAAAAGGCAAUGUCUCUGAAUCUACUUUGGCUGCUUUUGAUAAAGAUUCAAAUGUACCAGCCAUUGUCGAGUCCAGUGAUGCAGAGAAUCUUUUAGAUUGUGGCAAAACAAAGAAAAAAAAGAUACAAAAAAUAAAAGGCCCAUCUAAAAAUGACAACAACCCAGAGUGUGUAGGCAAAGGCACAGACACAGAUGAUGGAAAGCCUUUGAAGAAAAAUAAGAGUAAAGGAGAAAAGACUGUAGAAAAGAAAGGAUCAAAACCUGCAAAUAAUAAUGGGAACUCUCAAAGGAAGAGGACUCCUGCAAAUGAGAGCAGAAAAAGAGCAAACAAAGCCAGAUCUGAUGGAUGGGAGAAGCAAAGUCAGGGGCUCAAUUGUGACAGUCAGCCCAGUGAUGAAUUUCCUGUUUCAGAGGUCAACAAUUUGGAAGUUAAGUCAACUGGGGACCUGGAGGAUGUUAAUUUACAUCCACACAUACUGUGUAGUUCAAUGGAAGGGACUUCAGAUGAAGGCGACAGAGUGUUGGUGAAACGGAAAAGGAAACAGACUGGACAAUGGUGGAUGAGCUGCCCUCAGAACCCACAGCAACAACCCACAGACAAACAACCAACGGUGAAGAAGACUAAACGUGUUAACAAGGACUCAAGUGCUCGUUGUGUGCCACCUGGAAAAGCAGCUACAGAUACAAGAAAGAAAAAUAUGAAAGCAUCUUCAUCUUCAUCCAGUGACGGUCAACGACAAAAAGCUGAAAAGAAAGAGUUUAAGAAGGGAACUCUGAAAAGAGCGAGGCCAGUCAAGAGGACGUCUGAAGAUUCAGAUGAGGGUUUUCAGAAGCUAAGUCAGGAUAGAGCUCUAGACCAAGAUUCUGAAUCCAGCCCAUUGUUUUUUCCACACAAAGAACGCAUGUCCUCAGGGGAACAGGUGUUUCCUAAAGUGUACCAAAACGGUGCAAGUGAAAAACAGUCCUCUAUACCUGAAGGACUGCUGAAGCCACAAAGCGAAGAAGCCACAAAGCGAAGAAGGAAAUCCCCUGGAAACUGGUGGCAGGUCAGCCCCACAGCAGAGGACCAAGAGAUGCCCCCCUCACAGCCUCAGCAGCAGAAACCCAGGAAACGCAAAGCUGCUGGGGAAAAGAGAAAAUUGACAAAAAACCCUUCUGCGCUUUCUCCUUCAAACCCACUAGAGGGAGCUACUAAACAGAAAAAACGGUAUUUGGCCACAUAUACUGACCUUUGCAGCACAGUCAAUGUGAGCACAUCUAUAAACAGAAAAACUGAGUCCAAAUUAAAGGAGCACAACAAUGUAAAGUCACCUUCAGCUGAAGAUUUAGAGGUUGCACAUAAUGUUGUCACUAUGGAGACCAAUGACUCUCAAAGGGCGCAGGACCAGUCUUCUAGUCAGAGCAUGAUACAGGAGAGCACGUCAAAAGUCAUCAGAAGUGGCCCAUCCUCUAUGAUUGGACUUGAAAACUUUGAGGAAGAUGAUGAAGAUAUUGUGUUGCCAUCAUCCACAGUUCAGCCUGCUCUGUGUGCCUCUGAUCUGUGCUCCCCUCCUCUCAGACCACUUUCCCUACAGUCCAAAGAUAAGGUCAAUCUCCAGGACUGGCUCAAGUCUCUUUGGCCUAUAACAGACCUUAAGCAAAGAGGCCCUGAAAUCACACCUGAUGAUUUUGAGUGGUAUUGUUACCAAGGCAGAGCUUUAGGCAUCAUGGUGGACUUGCAGUCGGGGUCCCUCUGCAGUGGUAAGAUGCUGCUGGGCUCCUUCAUGAAGAAGCCUCUGUGGGUGGACCAUAUUGCCACAACAGUUUUCAAUUUAUUAACAAGCUCUGUAAGUUUAAUAGUGGAUUGCAAUAAAUCAUACUACAGUGCAGGCCAGUCCUUUAUGGUGCCAUCUGGUCACGCCUACAGCAUCCACAACCUGACCACCCAGCCUGCCGUCUUUUACUUCACCAGGCUUUAUGCUGAAGAGUCAGACCAAUAGGGGCUGGACAAUCAGCUGUCUCAGCUGUGUAAAAUGUAUAUUAUUUUGGGUUCUUAAGAAGUGCUUCUUUUAAAUUUGUUGUAUUCCUUUAAAAAUGCAUAUUGUAAGCUAUGAGAUUGAAUACUGUUAAAAUGUAUUUUAAAAUGUAGGUCUGUAAGUAUUUCAGUAUUUGUCUUUUAUGAAUUUCAGAAUGGCCUCAGCUUCUUUUAAAACUGUUCUUUCAGUC